GCUGUGAAAUGUAACUGAACCUGUUGAGCAGAAAGAGAGAGAGGGCGGCCGAGUGGGAACUCCCUCAGAGAGAGAGGAAGCUGUGACACUGACACACACACAUCGUUGAGCAGGCACAUACAUGUUGGUCAGAACACGCUGUGACAUCAUCGUGACAUCAUGAGUGGCCACACGGACAGGGGCCCUGUGGGGGCCUCAGACCCCCCCAACAUCCAGGACAUGGAGCUGAGGGAGGAGUGGCAGGAUGACGGUUUCCCCAGGCCUCUCCCAGAGGAUUGUGGGAGUCUGGAAGCAGAGCGUCCGUCAGGAGUAGCCCCAUCCACCAGCCUCGCCCUAUCAGGUACGGCUGUGGGUGGGGCCAAGAAGCGCUUGGCGGCCCCGUCUCUCAGCCUGACUCUGAGCCGCAGAGAUUCUCAUGACCCCAGUAACGAUGGCUUCUCAGCUGCCGCUCUGUCUGCGACGCCAGACGACACGCCGUCACUGGACAUCAACCUGGAGGCGCUGGAGACACCGUCGGGCAGUGAGACCGGGACUCUGCCUGACAGCGGCGAGCUGGAGUGGGAUGAUGACCUCUCUCAGAUGGAGAGGGGUGGGGCUGUGGGCGUGGUCAGAAGCCCAGUGGAGCAUUCAGAUAGUUUGAUGGGAUUGGACCAGGUGGACACCAGGGGGCGCCGCUGGAGGAAGUUCUGUAUCUCCGGACAGGAGUACCAGGUCAACAUGAGUGUCCUGGAGCCAUACCUGCAGGUCCUGUCCCACGGAGGUCAGAGGUCAAACACUUCUUACCUGAAACUGACACAUGCACUGCCCACUGCAGGCAGAGAGCAGUAACUACAGGCCAGAUACUGAA